CUGCGGGCCCGCGGGCUGCGGGGCAAGAGCUCGGGCGCGGGCAGCACCAGCGACGCGUACACGGUGAUCCAGGUAGGCCGCGAGAAGUACAGCACGUCGGUGGUGGAGAAGACGCAAGGAUGCCCCGAGUGGCGCGAGGAGUGCUCCUUCGAGCUGCCGCCCGGCGCCCUGGACGGUCUGCUGCGGGCGCAGGAAGCCGAGGCCAGCCCGGCGCCCUGGGCCGCGGGCUCCGCCGCCGCCUGCGAGCUGGUGCUCACCACCAUGCACCGCUCGCUCAUCGGCGUGGACAAGUUCCUGGGCCAGGCCACCGUGGCGCUGGAUGAGGUCUUCGGCGAAGGCCGCGCGCAGCACACUCAGUGGUACAAGCUGCACUCCAAGGCCGGCAAGAAGGAGAAGGAGCGUGGGGAGAUCCAGGUCACCAUCCAGUUCACGCGCAACAACUUGAGCGCCAGCAUGUUCGACCUGUCCAUGAAGGACAAGCCGCGGUCCCCCUUCAGCAAGAUCAAGGACAAGAUGAAGGGCAAGAAGAAGUACGAGCUCGAAUCUGCCUCUGCCAUCCUCCCAAGCAGUGCCCUGGAGGAUCCUGACCUGGGCAGCCUGGGCAAGAUGGGCAAAGCCAAAGGCUUCUUCCUCCGAAACAAGCUGCGCAAGUCGUCCCUCACCCAGUCCAACACUUCUCUGGGCUCGGACAGCACCCUGUCCUCCGCCAGCGGGAGCCUGGCCUACCAGGGGCCCGGCGCUGACCUCCUCACCCGCUCACCCAGCCGCACCAGCUGGCUGUCCACCGAAGGGGGUAGGGACUCAAUGCAGUCCCCCAAGCUGCUCACGCACAAAAGGACAUACAGCGAUGAGGCCAGCCAGAUGCGAGCGGCUCCUCCCCGAGCCCUCCUUGACCUCCAGGGCCAGCUGGACGUGGCCUCUCGCUCUUCCCUCUGUGUCAACGGGAGCCAUAUUUACAACGAGGAGCCCCAGGCCCCCAUGCGGCACCGCAGCUCCAUCUCGGGCUCAUUUCCACUCUCCAGCUCCCUGCACAGUGCCUCUUCCCGGCCCUCUGAGGAGGGGCCCAGGUCUGCAGAUGACUCCUGGGGCAGAGGCAGCCGUAGCACCAGCAGCUCGGAGGUGGCCCCUGGACAGGAGGAGCCGAGCAAUCAGGCUGUCGGGGCUGGCCGCUCUGGAGAGGAGGAGGCGGCCCGGCUUCUGGAGGGGAAGCCCGUGCAGGUCGCCACGCCCAUGGUGGCCUCUGCUGAGGCCUUGGCAGAGAAGGAGGGCGCCCGGAAGGAGGAGCGGAAGCCCCGGAUAGGCCUCUUCCACCAUCACCACCAGGGGCUGGGUCGGAGUGAGUUGGGGCGUCGCAGCUCUCUGGGGGAGAAAGGGGGCCCUCUCCUAGGGGCCUCCCCCCACCACUCAUCCAGCGGGGAGGAAAAGUCCAAGAGUAGCUGGUUUGGCUUGAGAGAAGCUAAGGAACCAACUCAGAAACCCAGCCUGGACGUGUCUCCUCAGGUAGAAUCUGACCCAGCUGCUCUUCCUCACCACCUCCCCUGCUCCCCCUGUGCUCCGGCCCCCCCCACUCCUGCUCCCACCGCUGCUCCCAUGCUAAGCACUAACCUUUUUGCAGCCGCCUCCCCUGCUGCCGCCGCCGCCGCCACAGCUGCCCCUGAAGCCACCCCGGCUGGAUUUUGGGGUCUCACCAACCCAUUCCUCACCUCCUUGCAGAACAACCCUUUCUUCGAGGAACUCAUAGCCGACAUAGCACUAAACUCUCCUUCACCUGCUCCCUCUCUCCCCAGUGCCUCGAGGGCCAGCCCCACCCCCCUGGCCUCCCCUGGGAAAACCCUGCCUGAGUGGGACGACACCUUCAACGUUUUUGCUGCCAGCAGGCUGUGUCCAGAGGCCAGGAGUGAAAUCCUGGCCCCUGCAGGAGUGGGGCUGGAGGCGACUGGGCUGAACGACCCAGGCCCCAGGGCCAUGGCAGAGGAUGCAGCUGAGCCCCAGGGGGACCCUGGGGGCGGAGGAAGAGGUGGGAGCAGCGUGUGGCUGGAGCCCAGGGUGCCUCUGGACUUGGGACUGGACCGCCAGAGCAGCACACGUGCAGCUGGCCCAGGGGCCCUCGGGUCGGGAGGGGCCGGCCCGCCUUCCACGUCAGACCCGCUGCACCAGAGAGCCUCAGACUCGGAAGCAGACAGGGAGCCACUGGCCCCAGGAGGGGAAGCAGGGCAGAGUCCAGCAAACAGUGCCACAUCUCUGUUUAGCUCCCCAGAAGUGAUCAGUGUGUGGGAGAGGCUGCCUGGCCCCGACGACGCCCCUGAGGGCCAGGAUGAGGAGGUCUCCCGCGGCAAAAGCCAGCCGUUCCACGAGCUCAAUGCAACGGAGGAUUCCUGGCCUUGGGAUGUGGUCACCGUUUCUCCCGCAGCUGAGACGUCCGCACUAGUCCUGCAGGGAGCAUCUGAUGGACUGCCUCCUCCUCAAGUGCAGCCAGAGUCACCAGAAGCUGUGAGCCCCAAGGGGAGCGAGGGGCUCCCCCCACUGGAACUGGAGCCAGAACCCCAAUCUGAGCGGGUAUUGGACAAGGGGCUGCAGCCCAGCAGUCCACCUCCCAAGCCACCACGCCUCUUCACGCCCUCGGAUUUCAAGGAGGAGGAGGAGGAGGCGGGGGGGCUGCGCAGCAGCGGGGCAGAGGCAGGAGGGGAAAAUGCCUUCCCAAGUGGGCUGGUUGCUGGUCCCCAGGAGGCCAAGGAGGAGGGUGAGACGCAUGGGGCGGCGCAGUCUGACAGCCCUUCUUCUGGAACCCUGCUGGGCGAGCCAGGCCUGGAAGAUCUAGUGGAGGAUGCCAGUCCUCCUUUGUCUGGGUCCUGCCUAUCUCUGUCCACCAGUUGCCCCGAGGGCCCUGCCCCUACCCCCAGUUACUCAAACAGCUCAGCUCUUCAGAGUCAGCAGGUCUGGGGGGCUCAGGAGAGAGGGGCAGGCUCUGAGACUCCUGAGACCCAGACCCCGGGACCAGUAGGAGAGGGUCUUGGACCCCCACCAGGUAGCUCCCAGCAGGCUGACUUGUGGGCCUCUGAGGAGGAUGCCUUGAGCCCCUUCUUAUCUCAAGGGAGACAGGAUCCCCCCAGCCUCCCAUCCACAUCCUCUCCAGGGUCCAGGGAACCUUCCAUCCACUCUGGUCCAGAAGAGCUGCCCACCCCCCCAGAGCCUGCCUUCCCACCACCCCCUCUGCCCCCCUGGGCCAGCCACCGCCACGGGGGGCCCAGCCCUCUGUGCUCGCCCCUGCCUGGAGCCUGGCCCCUGACCUCUUCUUCCCCAGCCCCUGGGGAGCCAGACUCCCCCCCUGAGGGCUCCCCUGCCCCCCUCGGGGAGGACCACGCUGCAGCCACCCCAGCCUCCCUGCUUGUGCUUCUGCCCUUGGAGACACGACCAGCUGAGGAGUCACAGCCCAGCGCCAGCCCGCACCCUGUGAAGCCCCUCACCGCUGUCCCCGUGGAGGGCAGCCCCGACAGGAAGCCGCGCUCUAGUCUGAGCACAGCCCUGAGCAGUGGGCUGGAGAAGCUCAAGACAGUCACAUCUGGCGGUGUUCAACCUGUGGCUCCUGCUCCCCAGGUUGGCCAUGCUGCGGACACCAAGAGGCUGAAGGACUCGGGGGUGCUGGACCAGUCAGCCAAGUACUACCACCUGACCCACGACGAGCUCAUCUGCCUGCUCCUGCAGCGGGAGCGGGAGCUGAGCCAGAGGGACGAGCACGUGCAGGAGCUGGAGAGCUACAUCGACCGGCUGCUGGUGCGCAUCAUGGAGACCUCACCCACACUGCUGCAAAUCUCCCCUGAGCCCCCCAAGUAGCCCUCCCUCUUCACCCCCACCCUUUGGGGGGUUGGUGUGAUCCACUGUCCAAACAGGGUUGCACCCCCUCAGCAUCCCACCAAACUCGCUCACACGGGGCAGAGUGCAGUCUGUCCGCUGUGUCUCGCAUCCUCUCCUCCCUCCUGCCCAAACUGGGGCUGCAGGAAGGGGGGGGGGCGGCGCUUCAGAACUUCCAUCUGAGGCAGCAGGUUCCAUGCACAACUUGUGUGUCUUUGAGAGCUCUAGGUCUUUCCCACCUGCCUGUUUUCAUACCCCUCAGCUUUCAGGGCUCUGAGAAAUUGGAGCAAAGAAUUUGCUCAAGACCAAGCAGGGGUGAGCUGCAGUUUGACGCGGUACCUGGGACCUACGCUAUUGCCCCCAAAGACGGCCAGCCUGCCACGGCUAAACGCUUGCCCUUGCCGCGCCCUUCCACCUCUAGAGGCUCCUGGUGUUAUUACUGAGGCUGGGGCAGGUGGCAGGCUGCCCACUUAACCUGUGAUUUAGGGGCACCGGGAGCGCCUACUCGGCCUCUUUUCCCUCAAGAGCAAGGAGCUAGUGUCCCCUCCGCUGUGUCCUGACUCUGUUUUCCUCCGGCUGUUUGCAGAGUGAGCGUGGCGUGGAUGGAGUGGAAGUGUGUUCUCCAGGUGGCCCCCUGCCCUAAGUGUCACGUGUGAGUGAGAGAGAGUGAGUGGAAAACGGAGACAGGUGUGUGUGGGGGGGGGGGCCGUCCUCACCCACCUCCCAGAUGUGGGCCCCUCCAGGCCUCAGGCCUCUGGGCUGCUGAUGUUUUUGGGAUCAAGCCUCCAUCUCCAUCCUUGUUGCCUGUCCAGAUGCCAAAACUCUGUGCCGCUACAGGGUUUGAACUUUUGGAAAACCAUUAAAAUGUGCCUUUUGCGGAUGGGAUCAAGACUUCUCCCCAUGCUUGGUGCCCCCUCCCUCCCUGUGGAGCACGUGGGGCUGGAUCUCCCUGGGUCUUGGGGAUGGACGUGGACGGUAGUGGAGGGCGGGGGCAGCCCUCCUGUGUGCCGUGUCUUCCCCUGGCCUGGCAGUGCUGCUGCUGCUCUCAGCCUCCCCAGCCUCUUCUCCUCCUGGCAUAAUUGAGGAGGGGCUGUCUCAUCUAUCCACAAGCUGCUGUUCCAGCCAGUCCCUUCUGACCCAUGGCCUCAUCGGGCCUUGGCUACAAAGCGUCUGUCCUUUGAAACAGAGUGUCCUUUGGCCCAACCCCUGUUUGCUUGCAGAAAAUGCAGCAGGCUUCCCCAUGGCAUCUGCAGGGUGCCCUUAGGGGCUUGGGGCAAUCCUACCUUAGCAAAAGUUGUGGGGGUGCGGUGUUGAAGGAGCUACUUUUGGCCCAGUGAAGAGCUGAGCGCUGUAGGAUCACCUCUUUUUCAAGAGAGGGCUGUGGGACCUCUCAGAAAGCCCUGGAAAGAGAGCAACACUGUGGCUGAUGCCUUCUGCCAGGGUGAUGCAUCAGGGCCCCACAUGUGGGGGCGAGUCCCAGUAAUGUUACCUCCCUUCAGGAACAUUCAUCAAAUCCAACUGUUCACAGAUAGCUAGAAUUUUGGUCACGUUUGAAUGGGGGUAGUUGGAGUGAGGAGUUGGACUGGGGGGGGUCUCUCUUGGGAGAGAGGGCUCUGCUCGCUCCUCUACUAGGUCUUCCCCUGAGGUCUGUUCAGCCCCAGCCCUGACUCUGAACUUCCACUCUGAACUUCCAAAAUGCCUGGGGCAGGGAUGGCUCCAGAAGGAUUCUGAGUUGCAGCCCAAGGUUCUUGCUGGAUGUUGUUGUUCCCCGCCAUAAGUUGAGGAGAGCUGCAGGCGGGACGGGCAGGGAGCAGGCACAGUUCUGCUUUGCUGUUUGUCUUCCUAGUUGUAACUACUGUUUAUAAAGAGCUUGUUCUUCAUGUUUCCAGCACUUUAUGAAGAAUAAAAAAAUUCACAUACGGCAGGUG